AUGCCUGAUUUAACAGUGAACGAGGCGGAGUACAGGGGCCAGGGGCGAGUCGUGUUCUGUGAUGAUUCCAACUUGGUGAUCCGCCAGAUGAGAGGCGAGAUCGACUGUAAGGCGCCAGCUGUUACGUCAGAAGGCGUUGAACCAACUGCGAUCUUGGCCGAAGCACGAAUUCUUACACGUAAAGAUUUAAAGUGCCGACAAGCUCGCCAGUGCCGCCUUGCAACAGGGAGAACGGCAGGACUUAUCACGCUGAACAGAUUGCACGAAAUACACGAAGGGAACACGGAGUUACUGAUCUGGGCUGACCUGUUCACCGGAUACAUGAUCGCCAAGGCUGGACCAUCGCGGGGAGCCCAAGCGGUGGCGGAAAACUACGAGGAAUGUGUCUUCAAGCGGUUGGCGCAAGUGAAGUAA